CGGGCCCUGUGACGUAGAGCGGAGGCUUCGGCUGUUUAUUGUUCCUUCGUCAGCAUAGGCAACAGAAAAAAUACAGGCUAACAGGCUGCACGCUACCUCCUCCACACGGUUCACGGUCGGUUUAACGAGAGUGUAACGGUCGAGACAGCUGAGUGUACCAAGCAGGGGCCAUGGCGUACGCGUACCUCUUCAAAUACAUCAUCAUCGGAGACACGGGUGUUGGGAAGUCAUGUCUAUUACUACAGUUCACAGACAAGAGGUUUCAGCCAGUUCACGACCUCACCAUUGGUGUGGAGUUUGGAGCGAGGAUGAUCACUAUAGAUGGCAAACAGAUCAAACUGCAGAUCUGGGAUACGGCUGGUCAGGAGUCGUUCCGGUCCAUCACCAGGUCUUACUACAGAGGAGCAGCAGGAGCGCUGCUAGUCUAUGACAUCACAAGAAGGGACACCUUCAACCACUUGACGACUUGGUUAGAGGACGCUCGCCAACAUUCCAACUCAAAUAUGGUCAUCAUGCUCAUUGGCAACAAGAGUGACCUGGAGUCGAGGAGAGAGGUGAAGAAGGAGGAAGGUGAAGCAUUUGCCAGAGAACACGGCCUCAUAUUCAUGGAGACCUCAGCCAAGACUGCCUCUAAUGUAGAGGAGGCUUUCAUCAACACAGCCAAGGAGAUCUAUGAGAAGAUUCAGGAAGGAGUGUUUGAUAUCAACAAUGAGGCUAAUGGUAUUAAGAUUGGACCCCAGCACCCGACCACCAACUCCACACUGUCUGGUAGUCAGGGAGGCCAACAGGCUGGAGGAGGCUGCUGCUGAACCCCCAAACAUACACACACACACACACACACACACACCUCCUCCUCUUCUGUCCUCAACCCUUCCUCCUCCUCCUCUUCCUCGCUCUCUCUCUCCAAACCCUUCCUUGCAUUUCUACAGAACUGUCCAGGCUCUUAAACAGUUUGUUAACCUCUCUCUCUCUCUCUCUCUGUCAGCCAUGUCCUUCUAUAGUCACAUGAUCAUACCUGACGGUGUAGAGGCUGCAUUCAAAUAAAUCAUCCCGACGUGUCUACGAGAGUCCGCUUCAAUCGCAGAUAAAAAACGACCAAGUUCAAAGUUCAGUAGUUCCAUCUUUUUUUGUUUUUUUAAAGUUGGAUAAACCGGUUUUAAUAUUUUCUUUUAUUUCAAAAAACAUCCACACAUCUUAAUCCAUGAGGUUGUUGUUGGGAUAAUUUAGUACCUCUGAAUCAUUUAAAAAAAAUAAAAACAAGAAAACUAUAUAUUUUCAGUACCAGUGAGUUGCCGUCGUCCAGGUGGAGACAGGAUUGUAGAGAUUAAAACACACACACACACACACACUCACACACUCACACACACACACACACUUAACCGCUGACGAUAUGGAAUAACUCCGUGUCACGUCUGUACACGUUUGUACACGUUUGAAAAGAAAAGGACACGGCGCGUCGACUGCGGGACGUGUCCCUGCACGUCCACUCCGUUCUCAUGCUGUGCCCCGUGUGUGUGUGUGUGUGUGUGUGUGAGAGCAGGGAUGAUAUAUGUAUUCCAGUAAGUCAGUAAGUGUAACAUGAAGGAGGCAUUCAAGUCAAGUAUAUAAUGUCCAUGGAGAAAAAGAGAGGAAAAAAAGUGCAAAUGGUGAUAUUUUGUGCAAACUUUACCAGUUUUUUUCUUUUGUUAUGUUGUUUUUCGCUCUCUGUCUCUGUCUUUGUGUCUUUUGCUGAUGAUUUGUAUUUAAUGAACACUACAAACUGUCUGUGGCUUAAAAAAAAAAAGAAAAGGAAGAUAAGUGUGUUUUAAAUUUGUCUCGGGAGGGAAUAAAAGACCAAACCAUU